AUGAAGCUAUUCUUGGCUGUACUUUUCGCAUUGUGCGUCAUCGCGGCCGCUUAUCCCAGUCCAGGCGCCGAGGAUGCAGGCCAAGAGACAUUGGAAACGGUAAAUGUGCCGUUGGCAGUGGAUGUAGAUGUGGAAGGUAGACGUGCAGCACGCCACGGUGGUCGUGGUGGUGGCUUCGGUGGUGGUGGUUUCGGUGGUCGUGGCGGUUAUGGCGGUUAUGGCGGUGGUUCUCCAUUCGGCGGUGGCGGCUACGGCGGUGGUUCUCCGUACGGUGGUGGCGGCUAUGGCGGUGGUUCUCCGUACGGUGGUGGUGGCGGUUCUUACAGCCAAGCUUCCGCAAGUGCUCAAGCCUCUUCAUAUGGUCGUUAA